AUAGGGGAAGGGGACACUCCUCUCUCUAUCUAGUAUCUACCCCCUCGAGAGCGGCAAGGAGGAGGAGGCAGGAGGGAGAGCAGCGUCUGGGGGACCUCGCCUCGAUUCGGGCGGGCUCGUUCCGUGGAACGCACGUAGGGUUGACACCUCUAGUGUGUGAUUGUAGAGCAAAUUUGGACCCUCAAGUGUGGUUCAAUCAUGGCUGGAUCCCUUGCCGCCUCUGCAUUCUUCCCAGGGCCAGGGUCUUCUCCACCCUCAAAGAAUACUACUGGUGAAUUACCGGACAAUUUGAGUGUGCGUGGCAUUGCUGCAAAGCCUAAUCCACCUCCUGGGAAAAUGCAAGUAAAGGCACAGGCUCAAGCCCUUCCCAAGGUUAAUGGCACCAAGGUUAACCUCAAGACUGCAAGCUUGGACAUGGAGGAGACAGUGCCUCGUAGUUCUACAAAGACUUUCUAUAACCAGCUGCCAGAUUGGAGCAUGCUUCUUGCAGCUAUCACGACCAUCUUCCUUGCCGCAGAGAAGCAGUGGACACUCCUUGACUGGAAGCCAAAGAAGCCUGACAUGCUUGUUGACACAUUUGGCUUUGGUAGGAUCGUCCAGGAUGGACUGGUUUUUAGGCAGAAUUUUUUGAUUCGGUCCUAUGAAAUUGGUGCUGAUCGUACAGCUUCUAUAGAGACAUUAAUGAAUCAUUUACAGGAAACGGCUCUUAACCAUGUGAAGACUGCUGGUCUUCUUGGAGAUGGUUUUGGGGCAACGCCAGAGAUGAGCAAACGGAACUUGAUAUGGGUUGUUAGCAAAAUCCAGCUUAUUGUUGAGCAGUAUCCAUCAUGGGGAGAUAUGGUUCAAGUUGACACAUGGGUUGCUGCUUCUGGAAAAAAUGGCAAGCGCCGAGAUUGGCAUAUACGUGACUACAACUCUGGCCGAACAAUCUUGAAAGCAACAAGUGUUUGGGUGAUGAUGAAUAAGAAAACUAGAAGACUUUCAAAGAUGCCAGAUGAAGUUAGAGCUGAAAUAGGCCCAUAUUACAAUGGCCAUUCAGUGAUAACAGACGAGCAGAGUGAAAAGUUAACUAAGCCAGGGAACAAAAUUGAUGGUGAUGCUACCAAGCAAUUCAUUAGAAAGGGGCUUACUCCUAGGUGGAGUGACCUUGAUGUCAACCAGCAUGUGAACAAUGUCAAGUAUAUUGGGUGGAUUCUUGAGAGCACUCCAAUUUCAAUACUGGAGAAGCAUGAACUUGCAAGCAUGACCCUGGAUUACAGGAAGGAAUGUGGCCGCGACAGCGUGCUGCAGUCACUCACCAUGGUUGCGGGUGAUUGCACCACCGAUGCCAAGCAAGAGGCCGCCGCCAUCCAGUGCGACCAUCUGCUUCAGUUGGAGUCUGGAGCUGACAUCGUGAAAGCACACACGGAGUGGCGACCAAAGGGAGGAGCGCGCUCUGGAUCUGAGAGCAUGUGAACACUCCCAUGAAAAGCCAUGGGAAACGGAAAGUUGGCGACCACCUUGAUCCAUCCUGAAGCAAGAUCAGAAGGGGUUAACUCGUCAGAUUGUUUCUCGUGUGAAAACGAGUUGUAGUUUUUGUAGUGGAAGGGGGUAGGGAAGGAAUAUGGGGUGGCGGUGCGGUGCGGUGCUGCUCUACUGUAUUUGCUAAAAAUAUAUCUUCUUGAUUCUUUUGUUGAUUUUUUUUACCUCCUUUCCUCUUCUUUUUUGCUGCUAGACACAGGUUGUUUAUGUGGAAGAAGUUGUUUCAACCAUCUUAUUUAUCCAACCACUCAACAAAAGAACUUCCUGGUUGGGGCCUUCCAGUUUUCAGGCUGCAUUUUCUCCUUUGUUUCUCAUGUAAGGUUCAAGUGUUCGACUGUAGCUGGAAGAGUGUACAUACAACAGCUCUUAUGUUGUUAUUAAGUUGAGGUUUGGAGUCUGC